AUGGAUAAAAACACAGGCUACCACCAAAAAUUUACAACUACCGGGGCGGCGGCUGCUUCUUCAAGGCAGCUUCCCACGGAUAAUAACGCAGAUACAAAUUUUUUAAAAGUGAUGUCGGAGUUCAAGUACAAUUUUAACAGUCCGUUGCCCACAACUACUCAAUUCCCGACUCCUUACUCCUCUAAUCAGUACCAGCAGACGCAGGACCAUUUUGCCAACACGGACGCACACAACAGCUCCAGUAACGAAUCGUCACUGGUAGAGAACAGUAUCUUACCACAUCAUCACCAGCAGAUACAGCAACAGCAACAACAUCUUGGCUCGAUUGUGCCACCCGCAGUGACAAGAACAGACACCAGUGAGACCCUGGACGAUAUCAACGUCCAACCUUCAUCAGUCUUACAGUUUGGGAAUUCCUUGCCCGGCGAGUUUCUGGUUGCCUCCCCCGAACAAUUCAAGGAGUUUUUAUUAGAUUCUCCCUCUAAUAGCUUCAAUUUUUUUCACAAGACACCGGCAAAAACACCGCUUCGAUUUGUCACAGAUUCUAAUGCUGCUCAGCCGACCAUAGUAGACGACUCUAAUCAACAACAAAAUAUCUUUAGCAACGCGGAAUUGAACAAUCUUUUAAAAAGUAAUGGGAAAAUGUCUUCCUCGUUAUCUGCCGGUGCAUUCUCGCGUACUCCGUUAAGCAAAAUCGAUAUGAAUCUCAUGUUUAACCAACCAUUAGCCACAUCUCCAUCAAAGAGGUUUUCUUCUUUAUCACUGACGCCAUAUGGUAGAAAAAUUUUAGGCGAUGUUGGUACGCCGUAUGCGAAGGCGUUGAUAUCUUCCAACAGUGCGCUGGUAGAUUUCCAGAAGGCGAGAAAGGAUAUCCAUACUGAUACAACCAAUAUUGGCUCGAUAAAUACCACUAAUAUCUUACAAAGAACACCGUCAAGAUCCAAUGGUAAGAAAAUAUUCAUCAAAACCCCCCAGGACGCUAUCAACGGUACUAGCACACUCACCAAGGACCACGAAAACAAACCAGAUUUGUAUGGCUCUUCGCCUACAACUAUUCAACUAAAUUCAUCGAUAACAAAAUCUAUUUCCAAAUUGGAUAACCCCAGAAUUCCCCUAUUAGCCUCCAGAUCGGAUACCAUAUUAGAUUCCAAUGUGGACGAUCAGUUAUUUGAUUUGGGGUUGACUAGACUACCCUUAUCUCCAACACCAAAUUGUAAUUCUUUACAUAAUUCAACCGCAAGGGCCACCGCAUUACAAAUUCCUGAACUACCCAAGAUGGGGUCCUUUAGGAGCGAUACUGUCACCAAUCCUAGCCCAAGUUCAAAUACGAUUUCUUUCAAAAGCAAAUCUGGUAAUAAUAAUUCAAAAGGCAGGAUCAAAAAAAAUGGGAAAAAACCCUCUAAAUUUCAAAUUAUUGUAGCAAAUAUUGACCAAUUCAAUCAAGACGCAUCAUCAUCAUCAUCAUCUCUAAAUAAUAAUACAAACACUAAUGCAGGAAUUUCAAAUUCAAGUAUGCCAAAGAAAAAGGCUAAUAAACUUAAAAGAUCACAAUCUUUACUUUCGGACUCCAAAUCUAAAUCGCAAGCAAAGAAAAAUUGUAAUCCGAAACCCAAUGAAAACUUAUUCAAUUCACAAUGA